CCUCUGCUUACUCUUCCUCGCGGGAAUCUACUGUCGCUUCACACUAUCCUUCCCUGGCAGCUGAUUUCGGGUCGGGUUGGGUCGAUCGGGAUCCGAAUCCGGAUCAGGGGACAAUGAAGCACAACAGAGGCGAGCGAGUUCGCGCCCCGAAGCUUCUCACCUACGUUCUAGUCGGGUUCAUCGCGGUUCUCGGCUUGGCUUGCAUGUAUUACGGCUCAUCCUUCGCUCCCGGGUCCAGAAAGUCCGAUGGAUUCGAUGGUUCCGACCCGAUUCCCGUCGGAUUUUCCAGUAAUCGGGAUGCCAUGUUUGGACUGGCCAACUUCCAAGUUCCCAGAAGCAUUCCUGUAUGUGAUAUGACACUCUCGGAGCUGAUACCGUGUUUGGACAGAAACCUACACUACCAGUUGAAGCUAAAACUCAACUUAACCCUGAUGGAGCACUAUGAGCGCCACUGCCCUCCUCCAGAACGGCGUUUCAACUGCUUGGUUCCGCCCCCUGUUGGUUAUAGAAUCCCCAUAAGAUGGCCAACAAGCAGAGAUGAAGUGUGGAAGGCGAAUAUCCCACACACACACCUUGCGCAUGAGAAAUCUGAUCAGAAUUGGAUGGUUGUCAAUGGUGACAAGAUAAAUUUUCCCGGUGGAGGAACACAUUUCCACUACGGAGCUGACAAAUACAUAGUUUCUCUUGCUCAGAUGCUGAAAUUCCCUAGAGACAAGCUCAACAAUGGCGGAAGUGUAAGGAAUGUUCUUGAUGUUGGCUGUGGGGUUGCUAGUUUCGGGGCAUAUCUUCUUUCACACGAUAUCAUAGCCAUGUCCAUUGCGCCAAACGAUGUCCAUGAGAACCAGAUCCAAUUUGCUCUAGAAAGAGGGAUACCCUCAACACUCGGGGUUCUUGGGACAAAACGGCUUCCAUACCCGAGCAGAUCAUUUGAACUUGCCCACUGCUCAAGAUGUCGUAUAGACUGGCUCCAGAGAGAUGGGAUAUUGUUACUGGAACUUGAUAGGUUGCUCAGACCAGGUGGCUACUUUGUUUAUUCAUCGCCUGAAGCUUAUGCACAUGACCCAGAAAACAGAAGGAUAGGGAUGGCAAUGCAUCAUCUCCUCAAGAGAAUGUGUUGGAGGGUUGUGUCCAAGCGGAACCAAACUGUUAUUUGGGCAAAACCAUUAUCAAACAGCUGUUACUUGAAGAGAGAAGAUGGGGUACAUCCCCCUCUCUGCGCUUCCGGAGAUGACCCUGACGCUUCUUGGAAUGUAUCAAUGAAGGCAUGCAUCACUCCUUACUCACCCAAAAUGCAUAAAGAAAGAUGGAGUGGACUUGUUCCUUGGCCACGGAGACUGAUAACUCAUCCUCCUCGUCUUGAAGAAGUCGGUGUAACUCCUCAGCAAUUUCGUGAAGACACGGAAGUAUGGCGGGUUAGAGUGGCGGAGUACUGGAAACAGCUGAAACCUGUGGUGCAUGAAAAUUCGGUCAGAAAUGUGAUGGACAUGAACUCAAACUUGGGUGGUUUUGCGGCUGCUCUCAACCGUAAAGAUGUCUGGGUCAUGAAUGUUGCGCCUGUGGAAUCCUCUGAGAGAUCGAAGAUAAUCUAUGACCGGGGCCUAAUCGGUACCACUCAUGAUUGGUGUGAAGCCUUUUCUACGUACCCACGGACAUAUGAUCUUAUCCACGCAUGGAGGGUGUUCACCGAUAUUGGAAAUCGAGGUUGCAGCAUAGAGGAUCUGCUCAUAGAGAUUGAUAGGAUUUUACGUCCGGAAGGAUUUAUCAUCAUUAGUGACUCUGCAGACUACGUAAACCAUAUCAAGAAAUAUCUGAUUGCGUUGAGGUGGCACGAAUUAUUCACAGAAGAGAAUCCUAGAGAGGAUUCGCUGUCGAUGAAGGAUGAGAGAGUUCUGAUCAUCAGAAAGAAGCUGUGGAGCAUGGAGGCCAACAUAAGAUCUUGAGUUUGCCAAGUCUUGGAUCCUUUCAGAAUUUAAAACCAUGGAAUGAUACGCUUUUCCUUUACAGGGGGGAGGGCAAUGGAAGCAACGGGACAAUCUUCUCAAAGGCGCUGCUCAUGAAAACACAAAGAUACCAGGACAUGAUUUGCUAGAAAUAUGAAAACUGUAUAUCCCAUUUCAUACUGAGAAAACUGCAUAGGCUUCUUCUCUGCAAUUUUACUUCGUAAUCAAAUUUCUUGUCUUGGAGUUUUUCUUCUUUCUUCAUAUAUAUGGGAAGACACGAAAUGAAUGGGUUAUGGAAG